GUUACUAUUUAUAGUGGCAGUGGCAACGAGCACAUGUUUUCGGGAAACUUGACCGGUUGUCUGAUAAAAUAAGGCCUAUAUUCAUUAAAUUUAGUAUCGACAACCAUCGUAAUUCAUGGUGCGAAGUUUGUCUGCGUUUAAUACCCCUGGUGUUCUUCGCUUUUUGUCUAUUCAUUGUCGAUCAGGUGUCAGUUAGCGCCAUAAAUUCUGAAAUUCAUAUCAAAUUCAUUGAUCGAAAUCAAAUUACUGAAGAGUCCACACUGAUCAUAUCAUCCUCAACCUAUAUCGCAGUUAGUGUAAUACAGUCAACCGUUCAUUAUCAUUGAUUCGGGUAAACUUUGCACGUAAAGCAAGAACAGGGGCAAUCAUGGCUUCAUCGAAGAUUGACGGAAAAUGGUUUCGAGAAAUAGACGAUGGCUGGAAAGGUUACAGCGUUUCAUUGGAAAUAGAGGAAGUUUUGUACCACGAAAAGUCAGAUUUUCAAGAUAUUUUGGUCUUUAAGAGUACAACGUUUGGUAAUGUACUUGUAUUAGAUGGAGUAUAUCAGUGUACAGAGAGGGAUGAGUUUUCUUAUCAAGAGAUGAUUGCACAUCUUCCUCUUAAUAGUCAUCCUAAUCCAACAAAGGUUUUAGUGGUAGGAGGGGGUGAUGGUGGAGUAGUAAGAGAAGUAUUAAAAUAUGCCAGUGUUGAACAAGUUGUGUUAUGUGAAAUAGAUCAGAAAGUGAUAGAUGUAAGUAAGAAAUAUCUACCUGGCAUGGCAUCAUGUUUAUCUGAUCCAAGAGUGUUAGUUCAUGUAGGUGAUGGUGUUAAAUAUAUGGAGGAGAACACACAAUCAUUUGAUGUCAUUAUAACAGAUGCACCUGAUCCAAUUGGUGCCGCUGAAGGAUUGUAUACAAAAGAUUAUUAUGAAGGUUUGAAACGAGCAUUGAAGCCUAAAGGAAUAAUCAGUUGUCAAGGAGAGACACUAUGGUUUGAUUUAAAUUUAAUUAAGAAGAUAUUGACAUAUUGUAAGGGGGUGUUUCCUGUUGUAGCCUAUGCAUCUGGUUAUACACCAACAUAUGCAGGCGGUCACAUGGGCUUUUUCUUAUGUAGUAAUGAUUCGUCUAUUAAUUUGAAAGAACCUGUACGAAAUUAUAAUAGUAAAGAAUUAGACGACAUGAGUAUGAAAUACUACAGUCCUGAUGUACAUAGAGCAUGUUUCAAUGUACUACCUUACUUUGCCAGAAAGGCUCUAAAAGAAGUCUUAGACACGUGAACACCAUGUAUUGUUAUUAGAUCUAUGUUAUUGUUAUAAGAUAUGGUGUUCUAUGCUUAUUGUUAUAAUAUAUGGUUUAAUCCACAUAAUUGUUAUAUAAAAUAUGGUAAUAUUAUUAUGUUCAGUGGUUAAGUUAAAUGUCUGUGUUAUAAUAUAAGAUAUGGUCAUUUGUUCUAUGGUUUAGAUUAAAUCCAUGAUUAUGCUAAAAUAUAAGAUAUGCUAAAUUAAUGUGUUCUGUUAUAUAAUGAGUGUUCUACACAGUUCAUGUGUUAAUUAAUGUGAUGUAAUAAUAUAUAUUAUAUAUAAUAAUGAUAAUUUUAUUAAACCUAUCCACCUCACUUAUAUACAGCUUUACUUUUUACACAUAUAUACUAGAGAUCUUUUGCUUUAGGGGGGGUAGAUGGCUGAAUGGUUAGCGUGCGCGCGCUGUAUCAUAAUGUCUGUCAUUGAGUCAACUGGCGUGGUUUCGAAUCCCUGGUUGUACGUGACAAGGAGUAUGGUCGCCUGUCCAACCUCGUGGGUUUUCUCCGGGUCCUCCGGUUUCCUCCCACUGCUAAAGACCCCUAUGCGCAAGCGAAUUAUUGAAUGAAAUUAAACCAUAUGUUAGUCCCGAAAUGACCUAGUUUGUGUCGAGUGGACGUUAAACCCCAUCUCUCUCUCUCUCUCUCUCUCUUUUGCUUUAGCUUUCUCCACACUAUCAAAUAAGGUAUUUUCCCCAAGUCUUUAAAUUUCAACUCAGGUGUGUGUAUGUAAUGUGUUUAUUUAACUUUUAAUCAUUUGGAUGAUAUAAUUAAUUAUAAUACCAUGUUGUGCUAUCCUCAAAAUGAAAUAGUGUAUCUUCACAGUGACCCCUAAUACAUAAGUUUGCUAGAUUGCAGUAUCCAGUUUGGCUAAUACAAUACCUGAAUUUUGUGAAGAUGAUAAUGUGGCAUAAUCAACAGCAUUAUAUUGGAAUCAAGUUAUGUUUAAUACAGGUUUUAAAACUUAAAUUACAUUACAUGAAAUUAAUGUACUGUUUAUUGUUGACGGAUUGUUUUUAAUCAGCUUGCGAUGGGUGAUCUCUUCCUUCAAUUAUAGUAUUACGUCUUAACUGUGAUCCCCAAUGUUGACUGUUACUGUUGAAUUUUGUGUAAGAUAAUAACAUUCCUUUAAUCAAGCUACUUUAAAUAAAUAAUGUUGAUACUUCAUUUUAAGAAAUCCUCCCAAGUAUUUUUUUAUGUCGUUUUAUAACUACAUGCAUGCAAAUUAGUAACGUUUUUGUUAAAAAUAAAACUGUUCUGUUAUUAGUUUUCAUUCCAACACCUUUCUUAGUGUAUUCAGCUGCAGCCAGAUAUACACAGACUACGAAGCAUAUGAAGCAUAUGCGCAUGGCUUUGUUUAUAAACUGUAAACGACAGUCACAUCAGGCAUGUUAAUUUGUCAAUUUAAUGUGAUGUUGUUCUAUCUGGUCAUCAUUCUGGAAACAGUUUUAAUUGUAGAUAAUGAAUACAAUUUAAAGAAUCUGCAACAGUAAUGGUGUAAGAAAAUGGCCAACAUUUGCCAUGUGACUGCUGUUCUCUUGUUUUGAAGUUCUGGCGAAUAUAAUUAUGUGCAUUUCAUUGUACAUUGCCUUUAAUCGUUAACUUUUUUUUUGUAUAAGAUUUAAUAGAUUACAUUAUUGCCAAGAAAAUCCUGUUAAUCCAAAAACACACCUGUUUGCUUUAAUGUUAUGAUAUAUAUAUCUUUCAUAUUUUCUUAUAACUCAUAAUAUUAAACUCAAAUUAAUAAACUUUAAAAUACAGAUGUGAUGUCAUCCUUUGAUGUUGUUGUUCCAUUGUUUCAAAUAAUGGUACGGGCAAUGUGCCAAGCGUACAUAAUUUAUACUAGUCGCAAUAUUGGACCUGCGUGACGUAUUUCAUUGAAAUGCACGUGGUGGGUAGUGUCUGUAUUUUAAGUUGUUUAAUGGUCUUGUGCAAGACAUGCCAUCAAUGAUACGAGUAUUUUCCUGUAUAUGACGACCAGAAAUAAAGGCAUUUUGAUUUUGAUAUAUUAAGUACUGAAGAAAGGGCUUUAAUCUUAAUGAU